CAUCAAUUCUCUUUGACAAAAAUAAGCAAGAGAUAUUGCAGCAGUGUACAAUAACAAUGAGCACUACUGAUGUUGAGACCGUACUAUCCCAGGAAGAGAUUCAAAGUCGCAAGAGAAAUGCUGAGGCAGCAGAAAUUGAGAUUGAUGUCGAUGCCCCGGAGCCACCAUCAAAGAAGGCUCUGCGAAGAGCCAAAAGAGUCAAAUCGGCGACAAAGGACGACUUAAAAGGGGUAGAGUCUAGUUCACAAACAACUUCGACGCCAGCACCCUCGUCUCAAGAUCCGCCAAAAAGGUCGCCUUACGGAAUUUGGAUUGGAAACUUGACAUUCACCACGACCAAGGAUGAUCUUAUCAGAUUCUUGACCGAGAAGUCCAAAGGCCUUGUUCAUCAGGACCAUAUCACAAGAGUUCACCUUCCUCAGGGACCACCGAAGCACGGCAAAGCAAUGAAUAAAGGCUUCAGCUACGUGGAUUUCUCAACUGAAGACUCACUCGGUGCAGCACUCCAGUUGAGUGAAGGUCUCCUAGGAGGACGGCGAGUGCUGAUCAAGAAUGCAAAAGAUUUCGGAGGCAGGCCUGAUCGUAAAAAGGAUCAGGAAGAAGUACAGACCAAGGCAGCCAGCAAACGGAUCUUUGUCGGCAACCUGGAUUUCGAUACGACAGUGGAAGAUCUCGAGAGCCAUUUCGAAGCAUGUGGGCCUAUUUCUCAUACUCAUAUGGCUACAUUCGAGGACAGUGGGAAAUGUAAAGGCUUCGCGUGGAUAGAAUUUGAGCAAUUGGCAUCCGCCGAGGCAGCCAUGCGAGGGUGGGUAGAGGCUGGAGAGACCUCGACGAGCUCGUCGUCGGGGACAAGAUUAGACAAACAUAGAAUAUGGCUCGGAAAGAUCAACGGUCGGAAGCUAAGAAUGGAGUUUGCUGAAGACAAAGCAACACGGUACCAGAAGAGGUUUGGAAAGAACGCGAAGGGUACUCGUGCUGCAGAUGACGAUGGCCAGCAAGACGAGGCAAUAAGAGAAGUCGACGACGAGGGAGUCUCGACGCCAAAGUCUUCUGAGGAGAAGAGGGCCAACAGGAAAAGAGCCGGCGGAAAAUACGCAGAGGAGACGGUGCAGAGAUUGACCGGCGCCAUCAUCGAGAGUAAGGGCCAAAAGAUGGUGUUUGACUGAGGUCGUGGUGUGCUCAAUGGUCCAUGAAAUGUCUCAUAUAGAUUUCCUAGUUCGCGAUUGUCAUCGGAAAUACAAGAUAAUGAAUUAAGAAGGCAUAUAAUGCAACAAAAAAAC